UAAGAAGCGCAGUUGGUUUGUAGUUUGCUUGCCCCGUAGUUGAUAAAUUAAUGAUCGCUCCUGAAUUUUCCUAGUUUCCCUGUGAUAAGUAGAGUGGGUUGAUCCCGUAUUUAUAUCACUACCACGUGUAGUUGGUUAGUUAUACAUAUAAGGGCGUUACUGGAUGCUCAAUCUGGCUGGUGUUUCGCUUCAAGGACAUUCGUGCACAUAAUUAUCUCAGGCUCGGUUUGCCUUGAAUUAGAAAGUUGAACUUUAAGUGUUUGGUAGCUGGUUUUGUGCUUCUUCAUAGUUUCGUUCCAACCAGUUCAAGUUGAAGAUAGCUUGCCUAGAGAUGAUGCAAAUGAACAACAUCAACCUCACCGACAGCUCACGGAGGGAAAAUGUUUCACUGCAUCCGACAAUGGUGAACUACAAAAUCCAAACGCAGAAGGAAAUGCCCGCGAGAUUUAUCUUUGAAUGCGCUCAAAAGUUGGAAAUGAAACCGCUCACCUCUGCCACGGCAGCAAUUUUGUACCAUCGGUUUUUCAGAGAGCUUGAUGACGCGGAAUAUGAUCCUUAUAUGAUUGCCUGCUCCUGCUUGUAUCUGGCCGGUAAAAUAAAGGAUGAUAAGGUGCGGAAGCGGGACGUAAUCAAUGUAGCACACAAUACAAUCAACCGGGGCGCACCGCCACUCGAACCGUGCGACGAGUAUUGGUCGAUGUGGGACACGAUAGUGCAGGCCGAACUGUUCAUAGCGCGCGUGCUCAAGUUCGACAUGACGAUUGUGCAUCCGCAUAAGUAUAUGCUGCACUAUAUGAAAUCGCUGCAGGAUCUGUUCGGCGCUAAGGAGUGGCACUCGAUGCCGAUUGCAAAGGCAGCGGCCGCCUUUCUGCAAGAUUUCCAUCACACUAGCAAGAUCCUCGAUUACAAACCAGCCCACACGGCCGUCUGUUGCCUUGCGCUGGCAUUCCAAGUAUAUGGCAUACAGGUGCCACUGAUGGACGAAACGGACGAGAGCACGCACUGGUAUAAUGUAUUCUGUCCGGAACUGACGCGUGAAACAUACUGGGAAAUAAUGGAAAAGAUCAUGGAUAUGUACAAUCUUGAAACGAUCAUCGGCAAGAACUAAUGCCAAUGAUAUGUGGCAUGGUUCCGUAACGAUCGUAGCUAUGAUGCUUAAUGCAAAAGUAUUUAGGAAGCAACACUUCCAGCAGUUCCAUCGCCAUCAUCAUCAACUUACGUUAUCGAAAUGAAUGCCAUUAACAAUCUCCAUUAUUAUGCGUGAUACUGAAUGACAAAAACAGUCAUGUUCUCUAGACAGCUUCUUACAGCUGGAGAAAAAAUUAUCCUUUAAGCACUAAAGAGGCGAUAUAUUUUGUAUUAACUGAAAUGGCACUGUUUAGUACGGUGCGGUAAAUAAACUUUUUU